CACGUUGACGCUCGUAAACUGCCAAGAGAAGCAGCUAGUUGAGACAGAGAUCGAUGAGCAGACCGGGCGGUGUGCGCGUGUGUGUGUGUGCGCAAAGGAUGGACUCGCUGAUGCUGUUUCAGCCUCUAACCGUGUACUGACGGAUCUACCGGACCCAAACCAGAGGCGAUAUUUUAUUAGUUGUUCAAAGAGGCUCUCAUUAUUAUCUCACUUUACUGGCGUGAUGCAGUCUCAAGGAAGCACUUCCACCCAGCCCUCCUUCGAUUCCCUGAGUUCCAGCGACAGCCUCGUGCUCAGCGACUCGGAACAGACGGAGGACGACACUGACGUCUUUUUGACAGACAGCUCUUCCUCUGUCACCAUCAGCAAAGUGGCAUCCAAAAAGGAGCUGGGAUCGAGAAGCCCCGGGUCACAAUGGGUGUACAGGUCGCAGAAUGACGGCAAGGGGGCAAACUUCAGCAUGCUCAAUGUAGAUGCUUUGAGCCAGAGACCCAAAUCAGAGGGAGAUCUGCUGUUUGCUCAGAAGUGUGCUGAGCUGCAGGGUUUUGUCAGGCCGCUUCUCGAGUUGCUGAAUGGGCUGAAGAGUGGCCGAUUUGACCACGGUUUAAGCAGUUUCCAGCAGAGCGUCGCCAUGGAUCGCAUCCAGAGGAUUGUCGGGGUUUUGCAGAGACCAGACUGUGGGGAGAAGUACCUGAACACUUUGCUCCAGGUGGAGGUGAUGCUAAAGCUCUGGUUUCCCCAUAUCUCUGCUCAGCCUAUGUCUUCAUCCUCCAGUUUCUCCACUUCCCCCACUCACUCCCUCCAGGACACUUCCAGCUCCACUCCGCCACACAAACAUCGGGACCAGCUGCAUAUCCCCGUCAAGAAGCGCAGACUCAGCUGGACAGACACUGACUCCCCCACGCCUUCCCCUGUACCUAUCAAGUGCCGUCGUACCGAUGGAGAGGAGAGGAGGAAGAAGCACACUCGAGAUGAAAGGGAUCAGUCUGCUGCUUCUUCACUGCUGGCUUCUGACACACACCCGAGUUUGCCAGAUGUGGUCUGCAGCAGCCAGCUAAGCAACGGCGCAAAGGGAAAUGACAGCGAGGGCGAGGAGCUGGACCAGCGCUCAAAGUACAAGGCAGCCCAGAGCUCCGAGCCGAGGCUGACGUGGGUGCACGUCGCUCCCAUCCCGUCCCCCCGAAAAACGUGCAUCUCGCAUGAGGCCAUAAAAGCGGAAAGUGUCAGCGAAAUCGUUCUCACAGCAGGGAGCAGGGGCAGUCCAGCUAUGCAAGACUGCUCCAUCUCGUCCACCACGCCCUCUAAGAACCCCAAAAAUCAGAAGAAACCAACACAGUGCCAAAGCCAGCUCGUUGCUGCCGGACUACAAGGUGAGACAGAGAGCACUGGGACAUGUCAAGGUCAAAACCAGCCCGCAUUUGUCUCGCUGAAGCCUCUGGCUCGUGUAUGCCCCUCCACCGUGGAGACCUGACACACAGAGAGAGCAAAAGGCCAGCAGCCUUGCUCUCCUUAAACCACCUGAGGCAUAAAGCUGCUGCAACACAAAGAAAGGGAUGAAAGUGUUGUUUAUGAAUGCGUUUCAAUAGGAGGAGAAUAGCAGUUAGUGGAGUUGGAUGGAAAUGAUAAAUUGCUAUGGGGAAAUUUGAAGGGAUGGGGAAAUUUUUGAAGUGAAGUUCUGAUCAAGCAUUACAAGCACUAAAUGUCUUAUCUGGGUUUCGUUUAAUAUAAAUCUAAAUAGUUGGUCUAAAAGCAGACUCAUGCUGAUUUCAUAGUGAUUUAUUGCAAAACUACCUAAUCAAUAUUUAAACUGUUUUGUGUUUAUUUACACAGAAAAUUGUGAUAAUUUACAUAGCAAUUGGUAUUGGAGGCAGCGUUAGACAUGGUCUUCCUCUGUGAAACACAUACUGACAACUGAACGUGUGAAGCGCAUGUCAAACUCAAGGCCCAGGGGCCAAAUGUGGCCCACCUUAGCUUUUUACGUUUCACACAGGAAGAUCACUGGCGGCGGAGCGCCUCCCACCUCCAUCACCUCUAUGAGUAAUCAUUGGAUUUUGUGUAAAUAACCAACAAAUCCAAAUGACUUAAGGCUCACAAAAUAGCGUGUAAAUACCCCACGGUGAUGUUUUUGAGACUGGACUUAUUUCACAACUGUAGAAGUCCAGACCCAACUAUCCCAAAUUUAUACUAGAUCAAGAUUUAAUGAGAGUUAUCCACCAAGGAUAAGAUAACCUUUAACAGAAGCUCACUUAAAAAUAUCCAGACUAUCCCUUUGAACUUUUUUAAAUACACAAUAUGGAAUAUGCGUUUCAGAUAUAUAUUAAAAAAAACUAUUGAUAAAGUAAUAUUCUUAAUUUUAUAUUAACCCAAACAUGCACUAAAAGAGGUUAUAAUUAAAAAACUAGAAUACACCUAAAGAUCAGGAAUACAGGCGUAAAGAUGGUCGAUGGAGACUGGAGCAAGUUUCAGGAGCAAUUAAGAGAAUAACUUCAUAGCAUGAAAGCAAGCAAUAUAUUCAGAGAUAGCUGUUGUCGCACAACUUUAACUUAAACUUGAAACUUUACAAACUUUGGAGUCUGAUGUCAGUAUUUAAAAUAAAACCCUAGAAUGCUAUGAUUCCAUUUAACAGAGUGAGCUAAUAUGUGUGCUAUGACAGGAAGUCCUGUUUGAUUUUACAACUACCUGUAGAUAGGAUAGGAGAAAAAUAAGUGUGAAUUGAGUAAAGCCACGUCCUGUGGCUUUUUGGUGAAAAAUACAGCACUGACUAAUUAAUAUGCUGUAUAUGUGGUGUGUUGGAGUCAGCGAAGAUGGUGGAAAACAAACGUCUAACAUCCCACGAAUGUAUUCCAAAAUGUUUGAACUCUUCACAUCCAGAGGAGCGACGCCGUAGCAACGACCCGUCUCGCUGUGAAUCAGGCGCUGCCGCCCGGUGUCUGCAAACCGACCGGCGAUCAGGGUCAAGCAAGACUUUUUUUCUUUUCUUUUUUUUAAUGACCAGCCUGAGAAAAAGGAACAGGAAAAACAGCAACCACUCAGACAUAAGACUCUAGUUCCACUGUUAAUUUAUUCAUAUUUCAAUCAGACACUGCAGCUAUUUAUUAUUGUUUAUAUUUAUUUAUUGGGCAGCUGAUUACCGCCUGCUGUGCAUUCGCAUAGUAUGGCCCAGUUUCCUUUUCGAGGGUUUUCGAUACUUUUGACAUUUCAUGUGUUUUUUACUACUAUCAUGAGGAGAGAAAAGGAGGCAGAUGAAAUAUUUCGACUGGACUAAUGGACUACUGUGCCUUUUUGCCAAUGUGUUUGAAAAAGAUCUUGGUGCUUUCAGUGCAUUUUGAUUGUUUGCAUUUCACAAAACCAAUAACACAUUCAAUUGAGAAAAGCCAACAUGUAGUCUGUACUUCUUAAAAAUGCACCAAUGCAUCAAAACCAACAACAUAAUAGACAACUAAACCAACGGCGUCCAGAUCCGAUAUCCUGAUAUCUGUUUAUCCUCACUGCCCACAGCUCAAGCUGAUAUGGUGUGUACAUGUGUUCAGGUCAUUUGGUGAGAAACCAGUAAUGUAAAAACAAAAAUAUGUGUUUACUUGAUUUCUUUUAUCUUCGAAAACAAAAUUAUUUCUAGUAAGGUACGUAAUUCUGUGACUAUCCAUCACCGUGACUGUAGGAGGCGCUGUCUUAGCUAUAGGCUAACAACAUUUUUCACAAAUGGCAAUGAACAAAACAUUUAGAAAAUUAACACCUUUUUUAUUUAUUUGGAUGAGGAUUUUUAAGAAAUUUUGUAAUUUUGUUAAAAACGCUCAUCCCUGCCAUUUAUGAGCAAUGGUGUCACAAAUAUCCUUGCUAUCACAUAUUGGUGUUUGGAAAAAAUUUAAAAUUUCUUUUUGCCGUCGGUUUAUAUAUAUAUAUAUAUAUAUAUAUAUAUAUAAAUUGUUUCUGGCAAGGGUUUCACAAAAACAAAAAAAGACUUGUAUUUCCCUGUUUUAGUUUGUAUUUUAUCUUGAAAUCAAAUAGCCACUUCUUUUUGUUGUUGUAUUUUAUUACUAAUUUGUGGUUGAAGAAAUUGGUUUUAAGGCUUCCACAGACUGAAUAUACACACUGUCAGCAGUGGCUAUAAUUUUUGUUGUGUAUGAUUGAGAGUAAUCUGUUUUGGGGCUCACAUCAGCGGCAGAGCUAAUUGAACUGCUGGUGCUCUUUAAAAAAAAUAUAUAUAUAUAUAUAAAUUAGUUAGGAAAUCUUUUCUUUGUACUAGAUGCUUCAUAGGACCCCCCUUAUUUAUUUUUAAAGAAUAAGCUAACAUUCAUAUAAAUAUUAAGCUAUCUUUAUUAUUGUGAUCGAAUCAACUUGUAUUAAAAAAAAAAGAAGCAUAUAAAUAUUGAAAUUAUUUGUAAUUUUUUUUUAGUAAUUAAUUCACUAAUUUUGUACCAAGGGAGGUGACACCUCUAAAAACACCCACAUGUAAACACAGAGCCCCCCUGGCAGCCAUCAUAUUACUGCCCAUGUCAUUGGAGCAUCGAGCACACAAACCCUCCGUCACAGAUCCAGACUCUGGAUCAGAGCCUAAGGGCGGGGGGGGUUGUCUUCCACCUCACUCUUGUUGUUUACUGUUGAAGUAUGACAGAGAAACCAAUUGCACUUAUUUGUUAAUCUGCUUUUUUUUCUUUCUUUUUUAUUUGGCUUUCUUGGAUGUAUGUUUUUUUGGGGGGUUUUUUACUGUUGCAUUCACUGCUGAUUAGUCAGGAAUAACAAUGUUUUGUUUAUUUUAGCUGCCUUUCUCUCAUUAUACGCUAACUGACUGUAAACGCGUCCCUUCCCCCAUUCGGCUGCACUGCUCUGCCCUUGCCAUCUCUGCUACAUCCCCCUCAAUCCUGUUAGUAUCUUUCUCUCAAACGAAGCCAUUUCUUUCUUUCACUUCCAUCUGUUUUCCUGAUAUUAUCCUCCUGACUAUUUUGUUUUCCAGCAAUGACACAAGACAGAAAUCUUUUAAUAAACGACACAUUUUUGAAAGUGAA